GCUCGGCAUGGCCAGCAUCUGGUCUCAGUCACGUGGUUCAUCCCGUUGGACCCGGUUGGUGAGUGUUCGAAAGGUCAGUUUAGUGUUCGGGACCGGGGGCCAGUACAGCUCCUAUCAUGUGGAACGGUGCACUGAUCGUGAUCGUGCUGUUGUCGGUGCUGUACUGCUGUUGGGAUGCCCGGAAGCCGAAAAGAUUCCCCCCAGGCCCCCACUGGCUCCCGUUCAUCGGCAGUGGUUUGGUGAUGCUGAAGCUUGUCCGAUCCCUCCACUACUUCCAUCUAAUGUGGUCCAAACUCUGCCACCAGUACGGUCCAAUCGUUGGAGUGCGCUUCGGUCAGGAUCGUAUCAUCGUCGUUUCGGGCCGUGAAGCGAUCCGUGCCAUGUACGCGAAAGAUCAGUUUGACGGCCGUCCCGAUGGGUACUUUUUUCGCAUGCGUUCGUUCGGCCAGCGGCUCGGCGUAGCCCUAACGGACGGUCCACACUGGGAGGUACAGCGCAAGUUUGCCGUGCGCACGAUGAAGCAGCUCGGCAUGGGCCGGAACGACUUUGUGCGUGUGAUCGAGCGGGAAGUGCAGGAGCUGGUGGAAAACUUCCAUCGGCGGGCGGUGAAGGGAGAAACUUUCCCGAUGAGUGGUUCGAUGGAUGUGGCGCUGCUGAACGUGCUGUGGGUUUUGCUGGCGGGGCAGAGGUUUGAGCUGGACAAUGAACGGUUGGGCUGGUUGGCGGAUACCGUCCAUCGGACGUUUCACGUGAUCGAUGUGUCGGGAGGAACGUUGAACCGGUUCCCAUGGCUGCGGUACGUCUGUCCGGAGAGCUCGGGGUAUGGACCGAUGUUACGGCUGCUUAAGCCACUUUGGGGAUUUUUGAAGGAAACGAUCGAAACUAUUCGAAAGAAUCCACACUGCCCCAGUAGGCGCGAUAGUCUCAUCUCGGCCUUCCUGGUGGAGAUGUCCCGAACCGAGAGUCACGAAUCGUUUACCGAAUCGCAGCUCGUCAGCCUUUGCUUGGAUCUGUUCCAGGCCAGCGUUGAAACGAUGAGCAGCGUGCUCGGGUUUGCCUUUCUGUACAUGCUGCACCACCCAGACGUGAUGCGGAAGGUACAGCAGGAGCUCGACACUGUCAUUGGACCGGAUCGUUUACCGACGGCUAACGAUAGACCCAUGCUGCCAUACACGGAGGCCGUCAUCUUAGAGGUAGAACGCAUAGCGACCGUCGUACCGGGCGGGCUUGUGCACCGAGCGAUGGAGGAGGUGGAACUGUGCGGGUAUCGCAUACCGAAGGAUGCCAUCGUGAUGCCACUGCUCUACUCGCUCCAGAUGGAUGCGGACUAUUGGAUCGAUCCGGACGUGUUCCGGCCGGAACGGUUCCUCAGCGUGCAGGGUGACCGGGUGAUGCAGCACGAUCUGUUCAUACCGUUCGGGGCGGGUCGGCGCCGAUGCCUUGGCGAGUCACUGGCCAAACCGGCCGUUUUUCUGUUCUUUAGCGCGAUUAUGCACCGGUUUGAAAUUGCAUGUGAAGGGAAGGAGCUGCCGUCGCUGAACGCUGUCGAUGGCAUUACGUUGUCACCGGUGCCGUACACACUGCGGCUGGCGGAACGGGUGUGUAGGUAGAAAGUGUAUGUGUGUAUGUGUUUGGCGACGUGGGAAUUUAAUUAAAUGAAUAUGAAACUAAGUGCAGGUUACUGAGAGUUAUAUUAUCUAACGCUGUAAAACGAAUAAAAGCUUUUAUA